UUUUCAGUAAAAAGUAGUGAAGCCUCUUCUAACUAUUGUCGGUAGUCUUUCUUUUCAGAAGGAAGUUUCUAUCGUCGUCCACUUAGCUGCUUGAGUCCAUCUCAUCGCCAUGACGAAGGGUACCUCAAGCUUCGGAAAAAGGCACAACAAAACCCACACGUUGUGCAGACGUUGUGGUCGCUCUUCUUAUCACAUCCAAAAGUCGAGAUGUGCUCAAUGUGGCUAUCCCGCUAAACGUCUGCGUCACUUCAACUGGUCGGUUAAGGCCAAGAGGAGGAAGACCACUGGUACCGGCCGUAUGCGUCAUCUUAAGAUCGUGCGGAUUAAGUUCCGCAAUGGAUUCCGUGAAGGACCCAGGAAGAUUGCCUUCCAAGCCCGCACUGGAGCCAAGCCCACUGUGGGAGCUAGCAAGACUUCUGCCCCAGCCAAAUAAAUUAAUUUGUGUUGGUUAUAAAGAAAGGCUACUCAAUACAAUGGGAUCCCAACA